GCAUUUUAGACUGUUAGGUAAGGUACAUCGGCUGCGUGUGAUACGUUGGAUUAAUAAUGUACACAAUAAAUUCGGUCCGAAUCCCUCGACCAGUGCCACAUCGAAUCAUUAUAAUACUAUUCACAAGAAAUAUCCAACGUAUAUGCAAAAUUAUUUAAAACUUAAUUUGUAAAGGCAUAAUGAUAUUUUUUAUGUGUAACAUAAAAUCCAGUAAACACACAUCUGCAGUCGUCAUUUUUCAUUAAUUGCGCUACUGCAAUACAUUUUAUAACAAAUAAAGCAUUUAGAAAAUGUAACCUGAACUUAUGAGCAAAUACAUACUCGUUUCAAUGACACGCACGUCAAUCAAAAUAAUUUAUUUGACAUUAUUAUGGACUCUAACCUGCCCGCUCCUACAAUGUUUCUCUCCGCCGAAUCCAUUAAAUUGCAUAGCUCUUUUGACAAGCAUUCAAUCACUUCAAGCUAUUUCAUUAAAAGUAUCCGAAGAGAGCUACGACAAAUUAAAUGAAGCGCUUCAAAACAAUCCUAAUCUGUUAAAUCAAUUAAUUGCUCAAUCUGGAAGUUCAAAGUCAAAAUUGUCAUCGUUACCUCAGGGAGUUCCGUUAAAGAAUGGAGUUUCAGGAGUUUCAAGCAUUUUUCCUCGUUUUGGUACAGGAAUGUAUUCCGUUAAAAAUCCUGUAACCGUAGCAUUACCGAAAGAAGUUACAUUUAAUGGUCAGAAAUAUGUAUUGACUAAUAGAUUACAGAGACUUGGAAAUUUCUUCAAAAAAGUAACUUCAGCAAUAACAUCGCCAAUAUCAAGUUCAUUUAAUUAUUUAAAAAAUGUGGGACAAAAUCAAGGAGUUCUACCAGAUGUACUAAAAUCGAUUUCAAAUAGAUUGAAGAUUGGCAAUGGAAACGAAGAAGAUGAAGAAGAAGAAGCAGAAGAAGCAGAAGAAGAGGAAGAAGAAGAAAAACCAAAAAAAUCUAAAAAAAAGAAGAGUAAAAAAAAAAAUGUAGCUAAAAAAAAAGGUACAAAUAAGAAGAAAGCAGAGGAAGAAUCAGAAGAAGAAGAAGAAGAAAAAGAAGAAGAAGAAGAAGAAGAACGACCAAAAAAAUCCAAAAAAAAGAAGAAAGCAGAAGAUGAAGAAGAUGAAGAAGAAAAAGAGAAUGGAGGAGAUGAAGAAGAAGAAGAAAAAGAGAAUGAAGGAGAUGAAGAAGAAGAAGAAAAAGAGAGAGAAGGAGAUGAAGAGGAAGAAGAAGAAAGACCUAAUAAAUCUAAAAAAAAAAACUCGAAAAGGAAGAAAGAAGAAAGUGAUGAAGAAGAAGGAGAUGAUGAUGAAGAAAAAGAAAAAGACGAUGAAGAAGGGGAUGAAGAAAAAGAAAAAGAUGAAGAUGAAGAUGAAGAAGAUUAAUUUCCUUAAUUUCUUACAUAUUACCAGUUUAUAUGAAAGAUUAUAGUCCUUACGCCCGUUUAGAAAAAAUCUUUUUAAAGUAGUAAACUAGAUAUUAUGUAUAAUAACUAAUAAGAGAUAAAAUAUUGAUUAUUAUCGACUGUAAUAUUAUUAUAAUAUAAUAUAAUAUCGACAUGUACGAAUAUCUAAGGACUUUGAUAAAUUCUUAAAAUAUUUUUUGACAACAAUAUUAUACAAAAUUAAAGGAAAUUAUAUUUUAUUUUAUUAGUUA